AUGCCUUAUGGAAGUGUAAAGAGAACCGCAGUAUUAGGUGGAGCUGACAGAGGCGAAGUGUAUCUCGUUGGAGGUACAUUACAAAACCUUACACUCCUUUAUCAAAUUGAUCAUAAUGAAACAAUAUCGAAUGAAUCAUUAAUGCUAAAUGAAUUAAUUAAUACUUGGAAUGUAACUGAUAAAGAAAAUAGAGAAUUAAAUAUUUUGAUUUACCGCCCAUCUGCACAAUCUUGGUUAAUUCCUAGAACUAGAGGAGGACCAUCAAUUAGACGUAGAUCAACAUCAACAGUAAUAAGUCAGAAUGAAAAGAUAUAUAUAUUUGGAGGAAGAGCCGAAAUAGAUACUGGCUCACCUGACUUUAUUUUAUUUAAUGACGUAUAUAUUUAUGAUACCGUUACGUUAGGGUGGAAUAAAAUUAGUGCAAGUAAUGCUCCUUCUGCUCAAAGUCAUAGUACUGCGACGUUACUUCCAAAUG